AUGGGAGGCAAAUAUGGUCUUUUCAAAUAUGCAGAUGGAAUAGACAAGUUGUUAAUGUUACUUGGCUCACUAGGAUCCAUUGGAGAUCGGCUGAUGACUCCUCUCAACAUGAUUAUCCUCAGUAGCCUCAUUGAUGAUUUUGAAACUGCUGAUGAUUCGUUCUCUAAUAAAAUUGUUGACGAGUAUGCAUUAAAGCUACUCUAUGUUGCCGUUGGAGUUGGAGUUGGAGUAUCCGCUUUCAUUGAGGGAUUUUGUUGGACAAGAACUGCAGAGAGACAAACAUCCAGAAUCAGGAAGGAAUAUUUGAAAUCAGUACUAAGGCAAGAAGUUGGUUUCUUUGAAAAACAAGAUGCUUCAUCCUCUACCUUUCAAGUAAUAUCAACCAUUUCUACUGACACUCAUAUAAUCCAAGAUGUCAAUGCAGAGAAGAUUCCCACUUGCCUAGCUCACCUGUCAGCAUUUGUUUGUGGCUUGUUUGUAGCCUUUUUUCUUUCAUGGAGACUAGCACUGGUGUCUUUCCCGUUCUCUCUUGGUUUCGUCAUUCCAGGGGUAGCAUUUGGAAGUUUGCUAAUGAAACUGGCAAUGAAGAUGAAGCAUACUUAUGGGAUAGCAGGGAGCAUUGUAGAACAAGCAAUUUCAUCAAUCCGAACAGUUUAUUCGUUUGUUGGGGAAAGUCUAACAGUAAGAAGAUACAGCCGUGCUCUUGAGGAAAGCAUGAAGCUUGGCAUCAGACAAGGAUUCACAAAAGGAUUGCUCAUCAGAAGCAUGGGAACGGUUUAUGUGGCUUGGAGUUUUGAAUCUUGGGCAGGGAGUCUUCUUGUUGCAAACAGAGGAGAAAGCGGAGGCCGUGUUUUUAUAUCAGCUGUCUCUUUGGUUCUUGGAGGACUAUCUUGUAUGGCUGCACUUCCAAAUCUCUCGAUCAUGAUAGAGGUGAUGGCAGCUGCCUCUAAAAUUUUUGAGCUGAUUAAUCGAACACCUGAGAUAGAUUCUGAAGAUACCAAAGGCAGAGUUUUAGCAUAUGUAAGAGGAGAUACUGAGUUUAAGGAGGUCACUUUCAGUUAUUCAUCAAGACCAAAAGUCCAAGUUCUCCAAAAUAUUUGUUUGAAAGUGAAAUCAGGGAAGACUGUUGGUAUUGUGGGAGGUAGUGGUUCUGGCAAGUCUACAAUCAUUUCUUUGCUCGAAAGGUUCUAUGAUCCAGUGAAAGGAGACAUAUUUCUUGAUGGACACAAGAUCAAAAGACUAAAGCUUCAAUGGUUAAGAUCUCAGAUGGGGUUGGUAAAUCAAGAGCCUGCUCUUUUUGCCACAUCCAUAAAGGAAAAUAUCUUAUUUGGAAAUGAAGGAGCUUCGCUGGAAAUGGUUGUUGAAGCUGCCAAGGCUUCAAAUGCUCAUGAAUUCAUAGUUAGUUUACCAAAUGGAUACAAUACUCAUGUAGGACAACUUGGAUUCCAAUUGUCGGGUGGUCAGAAGCAAAGGAUCGCUAUAGCAAGGGCUUUAAUUAAAGACCCUAGAAUUCUUCUACUUGAUGAAGCUACAAGUGCUUUGGAUGCAGAAUCUGAAAGACUAGUACAAGAGGCCAUUCACCAAGUUUCACAAGGACGAACAACUAUUGUCAUAGCACAUCGCGUCUCUACAAUCCGCAAAGUUGAUAAGAUAACAGUACUACAGUCGGGGAUAAUUGUUGAAACAGGUUCUCAUGAUAAGCUGAUGCAGAUUAAUGAAGGAGAAGGUGGAGUUUACUUUAACAUGGUAAAGCUACAGCUAUCCACAUCUAGAAAUACCACAGACAAUCCAUAUCACUAUAAGGAGGCAACAAGUUACCUAAGGAGGAAGGGCGACAAUACUCCAAAAUUUCCAUUCUUUGCCAGAUCAAGUUGGCAAAAUAGCCCUGGCAACACCCCUUUUAGCCCAGCAAUAAGCACAAGUUAUGCUCCAUCAAUCCAAACAUACUCUUUCUGCGAUAGUGAUUAUGAGUACUCAGAGAUGAGUAAUUGCACUCAUCGAAGACCUUCAACCUGGUGUUUGUUCCACAUGAAUGCGCCAGAGUGGAAUAGAGCCUUGCUGGGAUGUCUAGGAGCUGCUAUUUUUGGUGCAUUGCAACCGGCUUUUGCCUUUUGCUUGGGAUCUGUUGUCUCGACGUAUUUGAUAAAUGAUAGCUCAAAACUUAAGUCAGAGGCCAAACUUUACAGCUUAAUGUUUCUAACCAUCGGUAUCAUCAGCUUCUUUGCAAAUCUGAUACAACAUUACAAUUUUGCUGUGAUGGGAAAGCGAUUAAUAAAGAGAUUGCGGGAAAAAAUGCUCACUAGCUUGCUUACCUUUGAGGUUGGAUGGUAUGAUCGAGAUGAGAAUACCAGUGCAGCUAUUUGUUCAAGGCUUUCAACAGAUGCUAACAUGGUACGAUCCCUUGUUGGAGAUCGAAUGUCCUUGCUUGUUCAGGUUCUUGUUAGUGCUUCCAUAGCUUUUGGGCUCGGAUUGAUCAUCUCCUGGAGGAUUGCAAUUGUACUAAUUUCUGUACAACCUUUCACUAUUACAAGCUUUUACUCAAGGAGUGUUGUGAUGAAAAGAAUGUCAGAAACGUCUCAAAAGGCGCAAAAUGAAGACCAGUUAGCAAGUGAAGCAGUGAUCAAUCACAGAACUAUCACAGCAUUCUCUUCCCAGGAUAAAAUGUUAGCCCUUUAUGCAGAAACACAAAAAGGCCCCAAUAAGGAAAAUGUUAAACAGUCAUGGUUAUCAGGCAUUGUCUUAUUUUUCUCUCUUUUCUUGACCGCAGCCUCCGUUUCAUUGACAUUUUGGUAUGGUGGGAGACUGAAAAAAAAUUUAGUGAGUGCAAAACAUCUAUUUCAAGUUUUUUUCAUUUUGUUGAGCACUGGUAAAGACAUAGCAGAUGCUGGGAGUAUGAGUUCUGAUUUGGCUAGAGGUGGCAGUGCAAUAUCAUCAGUGUUCAAAAUCCUAGAUAUGAAAAGUGAGAUUCCACCUGAGGAUCCUCAAGGGAUGCAGGUGAAAAAUCCCAUAAAAGGCAAGAUAGAGCUUAAGCAUGUGUACUUUUCUUAUCCAUCAAGGCCUGAACAAGUGAUAUUCCAUGACAUGAGCCUCAAAGUUGAUGCUGGAAAGACGGUAGCACUUGUUGGCUCUAGUGGCUCAGGAAAAUCCACCAUUAUUGGAUUGAUCGAAAGAUUCUAUGAUCCAACAAAAGGAUUAGUAUUGAUAGAUGACAGAGAUAUCAAAAUCUAUAAUCUGAGAAGCUUGAGAUCACAUGCUCUAGUCAGUCAAGAACCUACUCUCUUUGCUGAUACAAUUCGGCAAAAUAUCGUUUAUGGCAAAGAGGAAGCUACAGAUUCAGAAAUCAAGAAAGCUGCAAUUCUUGCUAAUGCUCAUGAGUUUAUAAGUUCAAUGAAAGAUGGAUAUGAAACUUAUUGUGGAGAUAGAGGAGUUCAACUUUCAGGAGGACAAAAGCAAAGGAUAGCCCUUGCUCUAGCAAUAGUUAGGAAUCCAGCGAUACUUCUCUUAUAUGAGGCAACUAGUGCACUUGACAGUGUCUCUGAGAAUUUAGUGCAGGAAGCCUUGGAGAAGAUCAUGGUUGGUAGGACAUGUGUAGUUGUAGCUCAUCGUUUAUCAACAAUACGUAAGGCAGGCACCAUAGUUGUGAUAAAUAAUGGAAAGGUCGUAGAGCAGGGAUCUCAUCUGCAGCUACUUGACCUCGGGCAUGAUGGAGCUUAUUUCUCCUUGAUGAAGUUGCAACUUGGGCACACUCCUUAG